AGGCAGAGAUUCAGAUUGUCCGCAGGUGUUUACGUUUUUUGACCAAGGGUCGCAAUAUCAAAAAUGGGUCCUGGUCGCAAGCGCGGUAGCUCUGGUGUGACCUCCGAUGAGGAUUUCAUAUCGUCCAGCAAGCGAGUAAAAGAUGAGCCUCCACGAAGACAAGACAAGAAAGAAGACGUUAGCAGGCGAAACAAUAAGAAUAGACGAGAUGAUGUUGAUGGCGGGAACAGUACAAGAAAUGGAAGGAGAAGUACUGAAGAUGUAGAUGAACAGGCUGGUGGGAGAUCUUCUACAGCAGGAAAUGGCAAGGUGGAGUUGGUGGAAACCAAAGCUAAUAAAAAGAGACGCGCUGAUGCCUCAGAACAUCAAGGUGAGCAGGGUGUAGUUGUAGGAGAUAAGCCAGCCUCUAAAAAUCAAAAUGGCGAUGCAAAAACUUCAUCAAAUUCGACCAAAAAGCGUGGCGACAACAAGAAGGCUGAAGUAGCGGAAGCCGAUGAGAAAGAGAAUGAAAAUUCCGAAGAUUCUGGAGAGUCUAGCUCUGGUGAUGAAGACGGCUCGUCUAGUUCUGGAUCAUCUGGAGAUGACUCAUCCUCUGGCUCCGACAACGAAGAUGGUAGCGACUCUAGUUCCGAUGAUGGUUCUGACUCUGGUGAAAGCGGCUCUGACUCUGGCGACUCCGAUGACGAGGAAGAUAGUCAAGAGGGUUCAAAAGUGUCAAAAGAGAAGGACAACAAAGAGAAGGACAACAAAGGCGGGGCUACUGCCUCAGCCGUCUCAUCAUCUUCAGCCGCGGGUGGAGGUGACAAGACUAUUAGCAAGUCUUCUUCUUCAUCAUCAUCGAGUGCAACAGCAGGCCAACCUAGUCAAGAACAGCAAGGUAAAUCAACUAAAAAGGAAAAACGAGGCAAAAGUCGUGAGCAAGAAGCUGCUGAAGAUGACGACGAUGAAGAUGAGUCUGGGUCUUCGUCCUCUGAAGAGGGAGAUGGCUCCGGGUCUUCUUCGGGCUCCGAUGACUCAGGAUCUGAUUCUGGAUCAGACUCAGGGUCUGAAGAUGGCUCCUCAUCGGAUGAGGGUGGAGAAUCAUCAUCUUCUGAAGAAGAGCAAGUCGCAGAUGAAAAGCCUGCUGCAAAGACCUCUUCUAAAGAGAAAAAAAGCAAGAGGAAUGUGUCUGCUGACUCUUCUGAUUCAAAACCUAAUGAAAACGACAAGAAAAAGAAAAAGUCUUCAUCCAAAAAAGUAGAGAAGCUUACAACGUCUAAGAUGAAAAGCAGAAGGCAAGUAUCGAAGAGUGGCAGCCCUGAACGAGAAGCUGGAGCAUCUUCUUCAACAGCAAACAACAAAAAUGCUAGGAGGACGAGAGCAUCCUCAGGUGCUGACAAGAAAACGGAUAACAAGAAGCAGCGAAAAGGCAGUUCUGAGUCACGAGAAGCUGCGAAGAAGCAAGAUGCCGAGCCAAAGCGAGCAGAUGACGAGAGACGAAAUAAGCGGAAGCGCAGGAGGAGCUCUGACAUUGAUGAGGAGGACACCAAGCAAAAAGCUGCUGAAGAUGACCGUCGUGGCAAGAAUAAGCGAGACAACCGUGGUCGCAGGGACGACAGCAUUGAUGUUGAUGCUGGAGACCGAGACAGGAGGACUAAGAAUAGUAAGAAGAACAAAUCCGACUCGAAAAGAGACAACAAGUCUCAAUCUCCAGCAAAAAGAUCAUCGAAGGACAAAUCCAACAAGUUGUCACCAGUCAAAGAAGAAGCAAAGCGGUCACCCUUGAAAUUCAAGAACGAUGAUGCGAAGAAGUCCAUCUCCCCCCGAAAGAAAGACAAGCGACGAGCGUCGAUGAAGAACAAAGACAAGAGAAGGCGCUCUGCUUCUGUAUCAGCAGGCGAAGAUGGAGAUGGAGAAAGGGCUCAACGUCGUGAAAAAAAGCUUAGUCAGAAGGGAGCGGAUAAGCGUCCACGCCGGGGUUCAGUAUCGUCUGAGCGCGACGCUGGCCGCAGAAAAAGGUCUAACAAAAGUCGUAGUCCGAAAAAGGAUCAUGCUAGGAAAAAUGACAAGCAGCAGCGUUCAGCCGCUUCUUCUUCUGAUGCCGAAAAUGUACAACAGGCACGACAGGGCGAACAACAAGUAGCCGAUGGCGAUAAAGACGAUGUUGAGUUAGAAGACGUUACUCGCAAGGACAAAAAGAAGAGUAGGAGGAACCGUUCGCGUUCCGUGUCAGGCAGCCCGCGACGCAGAAAGGAUAAAAAGAAAUAUCAAGAUGAAGAGGACCACCAGGAGGAUGCGCAGUCAGAUAAAGACAGGGCAGAUCAUGGUGAGUCUAAGAAGAAGAAGAAAGCAUCUUCUAGGGACGAUAAGAAAGACGAUGACUCCUGUCACGAAGCAGAGAACAAGGAAGAGAAAGACGGCGAUAAGAAGAAGGUAGAUGAUGACGAUAAAGAUCGUGAAGACCGUGACCGCAAAAAAGACAAGAAGAAAAGGAGGCGUGGUAGCGGAAGCGAGCAGGGACGCGGCUCUCCUGCCGCGAAGAGCCGUAGUAGAGACCGCAGUCCUGGUGCCAACAAGGACCGAGAACGUGCUGAUCGCAGUCCUAGGAACAGCAAUCGCAGUCCACCCCGCAGACGACGUGACAGCCGCGAUGGCGGAAAGAAGGGUUAUUACAACAAUUACGGUAAAGGCAGAAAGGGAGAUCAUAGGGACUUCUACGGGAUGAAAGGCAAAAUGGGAAAGAAAGGCUAUGGGAAGCACGGCAAAGGCUACGGUAAAUACGGGAAGUAUCAACGGGACGACUCCAGAGGGAGAGGGCGUAGGGAUCAAGGUACUUUGAGUUGUUUAUUCUCCAAUGAUAAUGAUCAUAUUCUUGUGAAAUAACUCGAACUCCUCGGUGACGUGUGACUCUCGAAUAUCUUGAUGCUUUUCUCAUUAUCCAACAUUAACUAGUACUAGAGAUGAAGAUGUCUUCUAAAAAUUCCUUAUACUCAGGAAAUGGUUGUAAACCUAAACGUACUUAAAAGUAUACACAUCUCGUCUGUUUUUAUUUCACCGAUGCUAUUACCAAUUCUUCUUUUCCUCUCCUAUUUCCAGGUCGUCGCGAUGGUACUCGACGUCCACGUAGUCGCAGCGGUGAGCGUCGUGGCCGAAAAGACAGUCGCAAUGCCACAAACAAGCGCACUCGUAGUGGCUCUUCCUCAGCGCGUAGUCGGGAUGGCAAGACGCGCAAAACCGAGGAUCAGGGUAGCGCAGGAACCUCCACUUCCCUCCAUAAGGACAAGAAGCGAGGACGUGACAGAAGUAGAAGUAGAAGUAGUAGCCCGUCUCGGUCUCGGCAACGACAACGCGAGAAUUCUCCAGAAGAUGAAAAGAAGAACGCCGCUCAAGUACCAGCACAAGACCAAACUGGUGAGGACGCAGGUCAAAAGGACGAAAGUGGUCCAGUCUCUAUCGAAAAUGCAGACCCCAUGGCUAGUAGAGUGGAAAUGGCUGCUCAGAUCCUAUCCAAUGCCAAUGCUACGACAAUGUCCUCUCCCACAUCGUCUCCCAGAACAGCCUAUCAUCUCUUCGCCAAACCUGACUCGCCUACCGGUAGAACAACCACGGCUGCGGCUACGUUGUUACCGACUAACGACCUGACGGAGGAAGGAAAGGUAUUUCGUACCUGUUUGAUGAUGUAGAUGUAGUUCAACGUCGACGUACGACAAGUUUUGUACUCUCGAGUUGGCGUAGUUUUUCGUGGUUAGAUUCCAACGAUUUCUUGUUCGUCCACCAUCAUGCAAUCACACCAUCAAUUCUAAUUGACGCCAAAGAAUUCAAAAACCAGUACUCUUUCCCUCCCCACCCACUACCACAGGUGAAAUUCGCCUUCUCCGGCAAAGCCAAAUCCGUUUCUUACCUCGCACCUGCCCCAGUGCGUCAGGCUUCAGCGGGGAAGCCUAGGAUGGUCUUCAGUACUGUCAGCACCAGUUUUCAAGAGUUAGCACAGCAGGCUAACAGAGCAGCCCAGAAACAGAAAGAUGAAGAUGACGCAGCAGCGGCUAAAGUUCAUCCUGGUACUUAUUCAAUUUUGAUGUAGCUGCUUUAGGUAUAGGUUUGACAUUGUUGAAGGAUGAAUACGUUCUUCUUAUUGAUCUGGAUGAACAUUUCGAAGGCUGAGAAUUGCAUCCUAAGUCGAAGAACUAACUCAAACGCUGCUGUCUCGAAGAUAUGUCAGUUCUCCUCAUCUAGAUCUACAUCUCUCUACCACAUCUGUACAUUCUCAGUUCUCCUCAUCUCUCUGCCACAUCUGUACAUUCACUUCAUCUUCAAAAAAUCAAAAUCUCUUCCCUCCAAAAAAUCCAAUAGUGUUACCUCCUGUCGGAACCGCACCAGUGCCGAUGUUCAGUGCACCUUCAGCAGAACCUCUGAAACACCAAGAGCGAACAUCUACUGGCGGCCAAGACGGGGAUGCAUCCAAACCCAAAGGAGAUGCUGACGCCGAAAACUUAGACCCUAUGACAGCUCCUCCGCCUAUUCCUGCUUUUGGGGGCAUUGGUAGGGGAACGGGUGAAGGGGCGGGAGCGACUGGUGAUAACACACCAGGAGGGCAAAGAGAGACAACUGCUGACGGCACGACAGCUGAUGCUGCGAGCGGAAUGGAAUCUGCAUCUGCGAAUACCAGUAUGGUUGGUAAUGCUAGUACUAGCACUAUGGCAGGAGGAGCUAUGGGUGUGGGUGGCAUGAACAGCAUGUACGGGAACAUGAGCAUGAACAGUAUCACAGGAUCGAAUAGUAUGACCGGAAUGGGAGCAGGCAUGGGAGCUAUGGCGGGAGGAGCAGGAGCAAAUGGAAUGAUGAUGAGCGGAAUGGGAAUGGGUGGCGCUGCAGCUGGUGUGGGAGGUCUGAUGCAACCUGGCAUGAUGAUGGGUGGUGGCUAUGGACACGGAGCUCACGGAGGUUACAACGCUGCCGCUGCACAGCAGCAUGCGAUGUAUGCUCACCAUCAACAACAGCAGCAAAUGAUGAUGCACCAUCAACAGCACCAGCAAAUGAUGAUGCACCAGCAGCACAUGAUGGCCAAUAGUGCCGCGAAUCCCGGCAAUCCUGACGCCCCUUUUAGCCGCAGAUACGCAGUUGUGCUGCGUGCGUCAGAGGGCUACAAGAUUACAAAUCCCGCUGAACGCUCCAACGAUGAGGAGCAAAUGCGCGAAGUCUAUUCGAACUUGGUAAAGAAACACAUCACCUACUACCCCAACCGCCAGAUCCUGGUUCCGACUCUGUCAUCCUCGGUACCACAACCACGAUUGGAGCCAUUGUUCAACUUCGCAGCACCUAAUCCGUUGCCAAGUGGGAAAAGUCCAGACAAGCAGGAGACGGGAGAUCCGCUCUUCGAGAACCUAGGAGCACAUAUCGACUUGGUAUAGACUACUAGAGUAGUUUAUAGAACUACAAUUAGACUUACCAUUACCUUGCCAAGAAGAAUUUCUCUUCAACAUCAACUUCAACAGUUCUCUCCAUUAUAGGCAUCUGCAUCACGAAGAACUAGACGACUUUUAUUUUCAAAAUACAUCUUCAACAGUUCCUGGAAGUCCUCGACGACCAUCUUUUUGGUCCGGACAGCAUCAAGCAGGCUGGCAUGGACUGGUCAGAUUGCCGAUUACAACUACAUUUGCAUCACACGAAACUCGAGGACGAAGGCCUGGAGCGGAUUGUCGACUGGAUGCUGAAUAGGAAGAUUGAGGUACUACAAUCUUUAGACUUUUGUUUGCGUGGUCCUCCUUCCAUAUCCAUCUUAUGUGAGUAAAAAUCGCUCAAAAAUUGAAAAUGAAAUGCAGUCCCAGUGUACUUCUUGUUCUUCUAAUUUCCACCAACAGGAUGGUCUUCGUGAAGAUACUACAGCUUUUUUGAUGUACUAUGGUCAUCUUCAUCGUCUUCGUGAAGAUACUACAGCUUUUUUGAUGUACUAUGGUCAUCUUCAUCCCGUGACAAUUACCCUGAUGUUGAUCUCGUCUCGUUUCUCAACAUCCUACACCAACUCCAGGUUUCUUGCCUCAAACUGUUCGGUAACCGACUAUCGUCGACAGCUUCCCUCUGCCGUUACCUUACCGAAUUUGCAAAGAUCAAAGGUGGCGUUGAAGACCAAGCAGGGGAUGCUGCUCCCGCUGAUGUCCUACGAAUAGCAGAGAUCCAUCUCCAGAUGAAUCAGUUGUCCGCUGAGAGUAUCUUCCAACUGUCUGAGUGUGUGCUGAAACUGCUCAAGGCGCCCCCGAUGCGCGACGACACCAAAUAUCUGCUCAAAGAUAUCAAAUUCAGGUACUUUUCGUUUUCUAGAAGACGUAGAUGUUUUCUUCACUCAUUUGCUUCUACUUGUACUUCUUGCAAAACCUCUUGUACUUGUUCUCGCUUUCAUGAUUUUUUUUUACAUGCUCUGUUUGAGUUUGUGUCUAUUCCGGAACAAAUGAUACAAAAGCAACAAACAUUGAAACAUUGAUGACUCUCACUCAACCAAUCAACCAGGUACUUCGCACAACAAUGGCCCCACCCUCGCUUACCUAUAGCACUGCGAUUUUCUAACAAUACUCCGCAUCGAGAAUCGGGAGAAAGCGUUUCGAAAUUGCUCAAAAAAAUCGAUGAGAUGGCGAAAGACCACGAAUAUGGACCGGAAACCGUUUGCUUUGGUAUUUGAGUUUCCGGUCCAUAUAUGACCGUUUGCUUUUUGAGUCAUUCUAGCAUUAAUAUCCAUUGCAGGAGAUCUUUCGAUUUCAACUACUUAUUUCAUCUAUCUUCUUUUUCACGAAUUAUUUCUUUAAAAUUCAUGUCAACAGGAGCUUUUCUUCAUUUCCAAACAUCACAGCUGAACACUCGUGCUGUGUCCACCACAGUUGUAAGCGCAUGUGGUAUGGCUUCUGCCCAAUCGUCCACAUCGGAGGCCUCACCUACAUGGAGCAAGGAUCCGAUCCUUAUUAUGGGUGUGUUUUAGGUGUUCGUGUCGCAAUUUGUUUUGACUCUCCCAACGGGAAAGAGCAUAACAAACGGGGGAAGCAGCAAACACCAAAACCCUACCUCUAACCUUAUCAUCCCUUCAUGUCUGAACGUGAUGGCACGCUAUUGAUGCUGCCGCAAGCAGGCCGCAUUUCGCAGCCGAGUGGCUAUGGCAUGGGCGGCUCUUGGUCACAUGGUGGAGGAGGCUAUGGCAGCGGCUAUGGCAUGAAAGGUGGUGGCAUGAUGAAAGGCGGAGGUCAUAAUUAUGGUUACGGAGGAGGUUGGGCGGGACAACAACAAUGGGGAUCAGGCGGUUAUAGAGGUGGCGGUUACGGAGUACCAGGAGGUCCAUUUAACAUGGCUCGAGGUGGAGCUGGGGGACCAGGACUUGGAUACACUGGAGCGGAAAAGACACCGGGAGGUCCGGAAGCAAGUCCCAGGAGUAGAUUUGCUGACGUCGCAGGAGGUGCGGCGGGAAUGGAUGCAGCACAGAGUGUCGCGAUUGGACCUUCAACCUCCACUAUGAGCAAUAAUAUGGCGGUGCAUGGAGGUGAAGCGAUGAAAACUACAGUCAGUGGUGAUCAUGUUGCACCAGACGAGAUGAACAGCACAACUGUCACUACUGGUGAAGGAGAGAGUCGAUUCAAUCAACAUGCACCUCCAGCAGUGGACCUUUCUCCAGAAGCAGGAUCAGGAGCCGGCGAAGUACCGGCAGUUGUGCCUGCAGUUGAUUCAUCUGGUGUAGUUGCUGAAAAUCUGCAAGCUUCUUCUGAGAUUCCCAUUCAUAAUGCCGUAGGAGGAGCUGAAGAAGUAAGUCCCGCUGCUGCAGCAAUAGCGCAGGCACCAGAGGAGCACAACGUAGACCCUUUCGGCGUGAAUGAAGGUCAAAACGAGCUCAUGAAAGAGGGAUUACAUCAGAAUUUAGAUACAGGGACCAGUCCUAUCAUGGAAGGAGGACGCGGCGAGCUUAACAUAGGGCCCCAGGACGAUGCUGGUCUUAGUCCUCAAGGACAGGGGCAAGAUCAAGACGCACUACAAGGUGCAACAUCUUCAAACCCGAACAACCCCUUCAACAAAUCGAGCUCUGUGGUCGCGACUCCUUCUGCUUCGAAAGCCGCUGGUGACGGUGACUUGAGUGAUGAACGUGCUGUGGACGAAAACGCCGAAUAAGACUUUUUCGACGUCCUCGCAUAAUUUUACAAGUACUUGCGUACUUAGAUGUAUUUCAUAUUCCUUUGAAGGUCAAGUUUGAUUCACAAAAACUAUUUCUAUUUCUCUUUCUGCAAAAUAGUUGUGCUAGUGCUGCUUUCUGUACUGGAAGUAGUAGAGGUACGUUGUUGUUGUAUUAAUUUAGUACUACGUUGGUUUAGGUUUUGCGGAUCGUUCUUCACAAACUUUCAUCCUUGCUUCAUAAACUUACACAUGUCCCUCAUCAAAGGUAACAAAUGAGUACUUAACCUUAAAGCGUUUGGAUUUGUUAGUAAUAUGUUUGUUUUUCAUUUGUCUUAGUAUUUUUCAUCGUGUCCUUUCAUUUUCAUCGAACAAGCCCCUUGUACCUGUAGUGCAGAAGUUCAAGCGGCCCUAUUAUUCAUCAUGAUCAUGUCGUGUAGUUGAGCUUAAGGUUGUACCCAAAAUUUCCCUUGACCUCAUGCUCGUCCUCGAACGAGAUCAAAAUAUUGUCUUGAACUACAUUGCUACUACGAUAUGUCGUGGCUCUACAUCUACUGCGGAUUCUAUUAUAGAAACUCAAAGUCUAAUAUAUGUCGUGGUUCUACUCUGGAUGAGACUGUAAAAGGACUCGAGUACUAUGAACUAAAAAAUUGCCUCGUUUUGCACCACAUGUAUCUACAUAGAUAUUUCUAAUUGCGAAGAGAAACAGCAAAGGCUGAAUCAAUAUACGCAGCCAGUCCUCCUGGCAAGAGAAAUCUAGUACCCACGUUUCGCUCCCCUGUAUAACUUCUCUGUAAAAAGACGCCUGGAAGAGUACCACGAAAGAUCAUUUUUAUUCCCCCAUUUUUUGUACAUGAAUGAAUGUACAUCUACACUUUUAGACUUCCCUCCUGAAGAUGGUGAAAAAACGCACCAAAUAUACUCGAGUAAGUUCUUUGUCCCUGCUUCGCCAGAUCUUCCAACCAUUAAGAAAUGAAGCCCUCUACUUCUUCUGUUUGAAGUAGAGGAUUCACAACUUGAU